CAGACCUAGGAACUGCUUGGGCUCGGGGGCAAGGAGUCGGGUCGCGGGUCUCCGGUGUCUCGUAGGUUGCCCGAGCUCUACCAGCCUCCCGCCUUCGGAGGAGCCUACCCCGCGAGAGUGGGGCGAUGCAGGGGAACCGGCAGCCGAGGGUCCGCUCCGGGAACCAGCCUCAUCCCGCGCCCGCCAUGAAACCGGCGGGCAGCGGGGCCUGGGCCCACAGCCGCGCCGCGUUUGACCGUCUGGAGAAGCUGCUGCGCUGCUCACGCUGCACUGAUAUUCUGAGGGAGCCUGUGUGCUUAGGUGGAUGUGAGCACAUCUUCUGUAGUAAUUGUGUAAGUGACUGCAUUGGAAGUGGAUGUCCAGUGUGUUACACCCCAGCCUGGAUACAAGAUGUGAAGAUAAACAGACAGCUGGACAGCAUGAUCCAGCUCUGUAAUAAACUUCGGAAUUUGCUGCAUGGCACUGGAUUUUCAGAUUUGAAAGAAGAAACAUCUAGGAAAAGUUUUUUUAAUGAUGCACAAAAUAAGAAGAAUUCAAUAAAAAUGUGGUUUAGUCCUCGAAGUAAGAAAGUCAGAUAUACUGUGAAUAAACUUUCAGUGCAAACCCAGCCUUCUGUGAAAAAUGAUGAAAAUGCUCAGCAGACUUCCAUGUACGAAUUUGUCUCUCCGAGCCCUCCGGUGGAGGUUUCUGAGAGGCCUAAGAAGCCUUCCACAAAGUCUAGAAAAAAACAGAAAAAGAAAACUUUAGCUGAAGUCAACCAAAAAUGGAAUUUAGAGGCAGAAAAGAAAGAUGGUGACCUUGACUCCAAAAAAGAAAGUAAGGAAAAGCUGGUGUCCUUCUGUAGCCAACCAUCUGUGAUUGCUAACCUGCCGAUAAAUGGUGAAAUAGACUUACUAGCAAGUGGGUCCGUAACAGAAUCUGAAUGUUUCGGGGACUUGGCUGAAGUCUUUUUACCGUUGGCUGAGCAUAUAGAGUCUCCAGAAAUUGAGAGCAAGAAUGAAGUGGUGACUCCUGAGAAGACAGUCUCUGCAAACUGUCUUCCGUCCGAGAAGUCCUUGCCAUCAGGUCGUAAUGGGACGCGUGGGCGUCACAACAGAGUUUCCAGUCCUGUUUCUAAGAGAUGCAGAAGCAGCAGUCAGAGCACUGGUGGGAACUCUGCUAAGCAAACAGUGCUGCCAGAACACAUGCCAUCGCCUGGCCGUUCUUCACCACCUCCAGACAAACUUAAAGCUGGUGCCACGUUAAGGAGGAAAAGCACCACUAUCCUGGAUGAAUCCAUUAGCCUCUCACCGAGCACGCCGCCGUCUUCACUGAACAGUCCCAGUUACAGACGGCUGAUGUGUAGUCCCUCAACAACGAAGCCGUGGCCCACCCGGCUUACCGCUGUGAAGAGAAACCGUCGAGGAGAGACUCUGCUCCAUGUUGCUUCAAUCAAGGUAGGAUGCUCACUGUGAAACACAGCUUCCCAGUG